GCCACCCGGAUCGCGAGAUCAACACUCGUCGUGUGCUUUUGUCCUCGGCAGGAAUCGGAAUCCGCGAUCGGAAGGCGGACGUUGUCUCGUCUCGUCUCGUGUUUGGAAGCUCGACGCGUCGGGGACGGAAGAAUGUCUGCGCGGGAGCGAGCGUUCAGCACCAAGGACAGCGUCAGCCUGCUGCCCUGCUUCUACUUCGUGGAGCUGCCCAUCCUGGUGUCCUCCAUGGUCAGCUUGUACUUCCUGGAGUGGACCGACCUGUUCCGGCCCGUCAAGUCCGGCUUCCACUGCCACGACCGCAGCCUGAGCCUGCCCUACGUGGACCCCAGCCACGAGGUCAUCCCUCUGCUCAUGCUGCUCAGCCUGGCCUUUGCGGGGCCCGCCAUCACGAUCAUGAUCGGGGAGGCCAUCUUGUUUUGUUGUCUUUCUCGACGCAAGAGCUGUGCUGGGGCGGAGGCCAACAUCAACGCGGCCGGCUGCAACUUCAACUCCUUCAUACGGAGGGCGAUACGUUUUGUUGGCGUCCACGCGUUCGGCCUCUGCGCCACGGCGCUGGUGACGGACAUCCUCCAGCUGAUGACGGGCUACCCCACCCCGUACUUCCUCACCGUGUGCAAGCCCAACUACACCACGCUCAGCAUGAGUUGCGAGCACAACCCCUACGUCAUGGAGGACAUCUGCUCGGGCGCCGACUCGGCCGCCAUCAAUCGGGGAAGGAAAUCCUUCCCGUCUCAACACGCAACUCUGGCAUCCUUUGCUGCUGUCUAUGUAUCGAUGUACUUCAACAGCACUCUGACCGACUCGUCCAAGCUGCUCAAGCCCCUGCUGGUCUUCUCCUUCAUCAUCUGUGCCAUCAUCUGCGGCCUGACCCGUAUCAUCCAGUACAAGAACCACGCCAUCGACGUCUACCUGGGCUUUCUGAUUGGCGGCGCCAUCGCUCUCUACCUCGGUUUGUAUGCAGUUGGAAAUUUCCUCCCGAGUGAGGAGCCCAGCACCAUUACCCCCUCCCUGCCCCACUGCCCCUCCUGUUCCCUACCCCACAUCAGCCAGGAGGCGGUCCUUCAUCACCUUCAAAUGAAAGCCAGCAUUUCCGGGGAGCCAAGAAUCAGUACCUCCCAAUCCGAAGGCCUUCUCCAUCGCGGUCUUCCUCAGCAGAACACUGACGAGAGCCUGAAGUGUUCCAGCAGAGACGCCGAUGGGAUCCCACCCCACAGCCCGCGCAGCAAAGAUACCACGGUGACCUUUAGCCACACGCUUCCUCGCGUCCACACCCCGCAGGCUAUAGCAGCGUACGAGGAAGCAGCACGACGUCACGCCGCCACCCUCAACCAUGCCUCCAUGGAUUCUAGUCGUUCCAAGCAGCUUUUGUCACAGUGGAAAAAUAAAAACAGCCACAAACCCACCCUGCAGGUGCCGGACUGUUUCCCGCCUUCCGGAGACCUGUCGUCCGUUCAGUCCGCUCAGCAUCCCCAUUACCACGGCAGCAUGGAGGUCCGAUCCAGCUCGGAACCGUCAGCGGUGAGCCUGGAUACCGGCUUUGACGCGCAUGCUUACAUGUCCAAACUGACCACAGGCGCGAGUACCACGCUGCCCAGCAACUGCAGCGGCAUUACUGGAGGAGCCAGAAUGUUGAUGCAGCCCCGACCUGGGUCUUCGCAACUGGUCCACAUACCCGAGGAAUCACAUGAAAAUUACCAUCAUACCUCCCCUAGGGCAGCAGGAGGAGGGGGUGAGGGUGUUGCUUUAGUUGAUGGCACAGUUCAGGCUAACUGGCAAAGGGUAGCUGAGAAAACAACCCAACCUCGAAUUAUUCAAGUCAUCGCUAUGUCCAAGCAGCAAGGUCUCCUUCAGACUCAUUCCAGAAGCCUGGAUGAGAGCAGCAUGGUCGGAAGUUCCCAGGGCUUGGCUCACUACCGGGCUUCUGUUGACAAGGAGCCGAGUAGCACCACAGGACCCAGCUCCCUGGGAAGCACCACAGGCAGCAUUUCAGGGAGUACCGGAGCAAUCGUCAGGAUAGAAGCCCAUCCUGAAAACAACAAAUUGGUCAUCCCAGCCCCUGUCAUCCAAGCCCCGUCCACCGACGGAAGUGGCUCGUGGAGGUGGCGGUCUCUGGAUCACGGCAAUGGCGCCGCCGGAGGGCCUGGAAGUCUGAGGCAAUCCUUUGACCUCAAUGAUCUCAGCAGAGACUCAGAAAGCUCCGACUCGAUACGAGAAGGCUCUAUUGACAGGAAGCGUGCUAACAACGCCGCGGUUACUGUUCAGUCCGGCCAAGCUUGUGUUGCCGAGCAGAAGCACCACAAUCUCUCCACUAUCAGGGUGACUCCAGGAGAUGGUUGUGGGCCCGGAUCCGGAGGAGAUGCAGCUUCAGAAAUACUUUCAGCCGCCUCUAGUCGCGAGUCCACGCUACGACGAAAAGGCCACAAUGUCAUCUUGAUUCCAGAGAGAGGAAACAGCCCGGAUAUCACUCGGAAUGUUUUCUACAAGGGAACGUCGACACCUAGUAAGGAAUAAUGCACACAUUACUUGGAGUUUCCAGGGAACUAUCAGCAAAAAGCAUCCUUUGGUCUGUACCAAUCAGACGCCAGUUCGUUUUCCCCCUCUUGGUGCGUCUGGUCCGAAUGAAUCAUCCGACUUUGAUGCCAACAAACAGUUCAAAGACCGUCCAGAUGAGCCGCAGUUUGGUUAAUUUGUGAAAGAAAGUUUUAAUCUGCUCAAUAAUUUGGUUUGACCGUGAUCUCGUAAUGUUGACGCAACGAAAGGUUGUAAACGGAUGAGACGAUGAAAUCGACGUAAACUUACGCAACACGUCUUGAGCGGAGUACGUCUGCAGUUAGCCUGUUGCUUGACACCGUGCUGAAGGAAGUUCACAUGUCUGCAGUUUACAGGAAGUGUCUGCGCGAAGGCAUCUUCGGUACACCAAAUGUUAAGGCUUGGCGAUUUGACUGAAAACUGUAUCGUGUUUCAUAUCGCUCCAUCCAUCUUCUUCCGCUUACCCGAGGUCAGCUCGUAGAAACCCAGACUUUCCUCUCUUCAGCGUCUUCGUCCAGCUCUUCCUUGAGAUACCGAGGCGUUCCCAGGUCAGCUGGGAGACAUAGUCUUUCUAUCGUGUCCUGGGUCUUCCUCGUGGCCUCCUACCGGACGUUCCCUAAACACCUCCCCAGGGGAUGCCUGAACCACCUCAUCUGGCUCCUCUCCGAACGAGCAACGGCUUUACUCUGAGCUCAUCCCGAAUGACAGGGUUCUAUCUCCGAGGGAGAGCCUAGCUACUCAGCGGAGGAAACUAAUUUCGGCCGCUUGUACCCGUGAUCUUGUCCUUUCGGUCAUAACCUAAAGGUCAGGACCGUAGGUGAGGAUAUAGGAAGUCGAUCGACCGGUAAACCGAAAGCUUUGCCUUCCGGCUCAGCCACGACGGAUCGGUACAGGAUUCGCAUCACUGCAGAUGUGUCCCUUGCGAUAUAUAUCGAUAUAUUUUUUAUUGGCCAACCCGCACGACUAUAACCUCCCAAGAUUUAGGAGUGCACUGCGCUAUUUGCUGCUGCCAUGUGGAGAUCUAACGUAUAAUUACAUUAAUCCAAACUGUAAAAGUACAAGUUUCUUUUUCUCUGGGAACAAAUUACCUUUAUUUACCUUAAUUCAAACUACUAGACUAUAGGUAUAAAAGCUACACCCGCCAAAUUUUAGAAGAGAUAUAUAUUUUCCAUAUAUUAGCGGGACUGGACUAUAAGCCCCAGAUACAUACCGGUAUGAAAGGUAUUUGUAAAUACCUCAAUUGUUUCCAAACGGUGUCUGUAACACGGCAGUAAAAUGGCUGAUCAAACAAAACAGAAGUCAUCGUCAUGUACCCAGUAGCAGCGGAAGCUAGCUCUCCAAUCGGUUAACCGACUCAAACACUCCACGCUGAUGUUUUGGUGAAUUUACCGAGGAAUUUGUGAAACUGAAACGACACGUCUAUGAAGGUUCUCGUUCAUCCAGGUGGUUGUCAUCUCAGGGCAUUCAAUCGACCGCAACUGGACCGCUUGGUUUGUCUUGGAAGACGUUUCGCCGCUCCUUCGAGUAGGCUUCAUCAGUUCGUUCUCAUUGACUUAGUUUGGUCAGAUUUUGUGUAAACCCUCCAAAAACCAGGCGGGUGUGCCUGGGUAAGGAUGGGUUUGCCUUUUCCUCUUUAGUACCAUCCCUUCUGAACAGGGAGGACGGAUGGUACGAAAGAGGAGUAAGGGAAGCCAUCCAUGAGCAGACACCACCUGUCUCCCACGUACAACACUGUCCUUUCAACCGUACCUAAAAUACUCCGCAAUUAUUCAUCCAACAAAUAACAGGAGCCAGGAAAAUUCUGGUCACUGAAACGACAAAUGCCUAUGAAGGUUCUCGGUCAUCCAGGUGGUUGUCAUCUCAGGGCAUUCAAUCGACCGCAACUGGACCGCUUGGUUUGUCUUGGAAGACAUUUCGCCGCUCCUCGGAGUAGGCUUCAUCAGUUCGUUCUCAUUUACUUAGUUUGGUCAGAUUUUGUGUAAACCCCCCAAAAACCAGGCGGGUGUGCCUGGGUAAGGAUGGGUUUGCCUUUUCUUCUUUAGUACCAUCCCUUCUGAACAGGGAGGACGGAUGGUACGAAAGAGGAGUAAGGGAAGCCAUCCAUGAGCAGACACCACCUGUCUCCCACGUACAACACUGUCCUUUCAACCGUACCUAAAAUACUCCGCAAUUAAUCAUCCAACAAAUAACAGGAUCUAGGAACAUUCUGGUCACUGAAACGACAAAUGCCUAUGAAGGCUCUCGGUCAUCCAGGUGGUUGUCAUCUCAGGGCAUUCAAUCGACCGCACCUGGACCGCUUGGUUUGUCUUGGAAGACGUUUCGCCGCUCCUCGGAGUAGGCUUCAUCAGUUCGUUCUCAUUGACUUAGUUUGGUCAGAUUUGGUGUAAACCCUCCAAAACCAGGCGGGUGUGCCUGGGUAAGGAUGGUUUUGCCUUUUCCUCUUUAGUACCAUCCCUUCUGAACAGGGAGGACGGAUGGUACGAAAGAGGAGUAAGGGAAGCCAUCUAUGUCAAGGUUGAAAAACCAUCCAUGAGCAGACACCACCUGUCUCCCACGUACAACACUGUCCUUUCAACCGUACCUAAAAUACUCCGCAAUUAUUCCUCCAACAAAUAACAGGAGCUAGGAACAUUCUGGUCACUGAAACUACAAAUGCCUAUGAAGGCUCUCGGUCAUCCAGGUGGUUGUCAUCUCAGGGCAUUCAAUCGACCGCAACUGGACCGCUUGGUUUGUCUUGGAAGACAUUUCGCCGCUCCUCGGAGUAGGCUUCAUCAGUUCGUUCUCAUUGACUUAGUUUGGUCAGAUUUGCUGUAAACCCCCCAAAAACCAGGCGGGUGUGCCUGGGUAAGGAUGGUUUUGCCUUUUCCUCUUUUGUACCAUCCCUUCUGAACAGGGAGGACGGAUGGUACGAAAGAGGAGUAAGGGAAGCCAUCCAUGAGCAGACACCACCUGUCUCCCACGUACAACACUGUCCUUUCAACCGUACCUAAAAUACUCCGCAAUCAUUCAUCCAACAAAUAACCGGAUCUAGGAACAUUCUGGUCACUGAAACGACAAAUGCCUAUGAAGGUUCUCGGUCAUCCAGGUGGUUGUCAUCUCAGGGCAUUAAAUCGACCGCAACUGGACCGCUUGGUUUGUCUUGGAAGACGUUUCGCCGCUCCUUCGAGUAGGCUUCAUCAGUUCGUUCUCAUUGACUUAGUUUGGUCAGAUUUUGUGUAAACCCCCCAAAAACCAGGCGGGUGUGCCUGGGUAAGGAUGGUUCUGCCUUUUCCUCUUUAGUACCAUCCCUUCUGAACAGGGAGGACGGAUGGUACGAAAGAGGAGUAAGGGAAGCCAUCUAUGUCAAGGUUGAAAAACCAUCCAUGAGCAGACACCACCUGUCUCCCACGUACAACACUGUCCUUUCAACCGUACCUAAAAUACUCUGCAAUUAAUCAUCCAACAAAUAACAGGAGCUAGGAACAUUCUGGUCACUGAAACGACAAAUGCCUAUGAAGGUUCUCGGUCAUCCAGGUGGUUGUCAUCUCAGGGCAUUCAAUCGACCGCAACUGGACCGCUUGGUUUGUCUUGGAAGACGUUUCGCCGGUCCUUCAAGUAGGCUUCAUCAGUUUGUUCUCAUUGACUUAGUUUGGUGUAAACCCUCCAAAACCAGGCGGGUGUGCCUGGGUAAGGAUGGUUCUGCCUUUUCCUCUUUUGUACCAUCCCUUCUGAACAGGGAGGACGGAUGCUACGAAAGAGGAGUAAGGGAAGCCAUCCAUGUCAAGGUUGAAAAACCAUCCAUGAGCAGACACCACCUGUCUCCCACGUACAACACUGUCCUUUCAACCGUACCUAAAAUACUCCGCAAUUAAUCAUCCAACAAAUAACAGGAGCUAGGAACAUUCUGGUCACUGAAACGACAAAUGCCUAUGAAGGCUCUCGGUCAUCCAGGUGGUUGUCAUCUCAGGGCAUUCAAUCGACCGCAACUGGACCGCUUGGUUUGUCUUGGAAGACGUUUCACCGCUCCUCGGAGUAGGCUUCAUCAGUUCGUUCUCAUUGACUUAGUUUGGUCAGAUUUUGUGUAAACCCCCCAAAAACCAGGCGGGUGUGCCUGGGUAAGGAUGGGUUUGCCUUUUCCUCUUUAGUACCAUCCCUUCUGAACAGGGAGGACGGAUGGUACGAAAGAGGAGUUAGGGAAGCCAUCCAUGAGCAGACACCACCUGUUUCCCACGUACAACACUGUCCUUUCAACCGUACCUAAAAUACUCCGCAAUUAUUCAUCCAACAAAUAACAGGAGCUAGGAACAUUCUGGUCACAGAAACGACAAAUGCCUAUGAAGGCUCUCGGUCAUCCAGGUGGUUGUCAUCUCAGGGCAUUCAAUCGACCGCAACUGGACCGCUUGGUUUGUCUUGGAAGACGUUUCUACGCUCCUCGGAGUAGGCUUCAUCAGUUCGUUCUCAUUGACUUAGUUUGGUGUAAACCCUCCAAAACCAGGCGGGUGUGCCUGGGUAAGGAUGGUUUUGCUUUAGUACCAUCCCUUCUGAACAGGAAGGACGGAUGGUACGAAAGAGGAGUAAGGGAAGCCAUCUAUGUCAAGGUUGAAAAACCAUCCCUGAACAGAGGAGGUGGUCUGCGACACCACCUGUCUCCCACGUACAACACUGUCCUUUCAACCGUUCCUGAAAGACUCUGCGAUUUAUCUUCCAACAAAUAACAGCAGUUAGAAUCAUUCUGGUCACAGAACGUGACCAAAAUACCAACUGCUUACGCGGAGGGUUCCGGCUAUUUUGGACUGGUUGUAGUCGAGCCGAUACUUCAAAGCCAACGACUGUCGCCGGCUUUGACAUUUAGGAUUGUUUGUUUGCAUCAAAACAGUUGUUUUGUUCACUACCAUAGGGCGAAAAACCUCCUGGUUUUGGAGUGUAAAUAUUUUGGGUGUUGCCACCAGCCGCUACACUAGAUCUCGAUCCGACCAAUCCAAGUCUAUGAGAAGAAACUGAUGAAGCCAACUCGGACGAGCGGCGAAACGUCUUCCAAGACCAACAACACAACAAGAAUGCCAUUGUAAGUUACCAACACAGACUCUCGGAAGCGUGUUAGCAUAUUAGCUAACGCUAUCCACGCUAGCUUGAUUACAUUUUAAUUUUCCUGAAGGAACUCUCCUGAAGGAAUCAAUAAAGUACUAUCUAUCUACAUUACGAUAGCAUGUAGCGACUUGUCUGGGGUGUGCCCCACCUUCCGCCCGAGUGCAGCUAACCCCCCCGUAACCCCAAAAGGGACGGGCGGUAGAAAAUGGAUGGAUGGAUAUAUUGUAAAACUUACAAACGUUCCUCGGAGCGAUGAAUGAAGGAUCUAUACGGGUAGCAACACUAUGGGCAACGAGAAGACGAGAACGGCACUUGUACUUCCGGUUCAUGGUUCAAAGCUCUAAACAGAAAAGCACUAGUCCAAAACAUGGCGCCAUUGCACAAAAAAACAAAACAGCUUUUUAUUAUAUUUGCUUGUUGUUGUUUGUUUAAACUCUGAAAUCCGCGGGGUUCGAAGCGUAGGAAAAUAGUAGCGUCUUGUAGCCCAAAUUUAGGGUAAUUACUUUGUACUGCUGACCUGUAGGAGAGGAGAACAAGUUUUUUUUACACAUUUCGGUUGGCUUCGACGGGGAGGGGGGGGGGGCACCAAGGGACGAUACGUGUACAUAUGGAAAACUUCAAAGAACAUAAUCGAUGUAGCAUGAGACUUUUGUCACGUUACCUAAAAGCACAACCUUUUAUGAGUGUUGCCAGAAAGAAUCACUGUGUACUUUUGUAGCCACGCCCACCGACACCUCUUUCAAGUGGAGCGGCUUCCACGGGCGCCGUCGCACCUUUUUUUAAAAAGAUUUUUCUACACGAGCGCCCACAAGGCGCGGGCCCAGAAGGCAGAACUGUAUCACGGGCGCGGGCCCAGAAGGCAGAACUGUAUCACGGGCGCGGGCCCAGAAGGCAGAACUGCAUCAUAGGUGCGGGCCCAGAAGGCAGAACUGUAUGGGCCCUGAAGGCAAAACUGCAUCAUGGGCACGUGCCUGGAAGGCAGAACUGCAUCAAGGGCGCGGGCACAGAAUCAUAACUGCAUUACGAGCGCGGGCCCAGAAGGCAGAACUGCAUAACGGGCGCAGGCCCAGAAGGCAGAGCUCUGUCACGGGCUCGGGCCCAGAAGGCAGAACUGCAUCAAGGGCGCGGGCACAGAAUCAUAACUGCAUUACGAGCGCGGGCCCAGAAGGCAGAACUGCAUCACGGGCGCAGGCCCAGAAGGCAGAACUGUGUCACGGGUUCGGGCCCAGAAGGCAGAACUGCAUCACGGGCGCGGGCCCAGAAGGCAGAACUGCUUAAUGGGCGCGGGCCCAGAAGGCAGUACUGCAUACCGCGGGCCCAGAAGGCAGAACUGCAUCACGUGUGCGGGCCCAGAAUCAUAACUGCAUCACGGGCGCGGGACACCAAAAGGCAGAACUGCAUCCGGUGGGCUUAAAAGGUAAAACUGCAUCACGGGCGCGAGCCCAGAAGGCAGAACUGCAUCACGGGCGCGAGCCCAGAAGGCAGAACUGCAUCACGGGCGCGAGCCCAGAAGGCAGAACUGCAUCACGGGCGCGAGCCCAGAAGGCAGAACUGCAUCACGGGCGCGAGCCCAGAAGGCAGAACUGCGUCACGGGCGCAGGCCCAGAAAGCAGAACUGCGUCAUGGGUGCAGGCCCAGAAGGCAGAACUGCAUACCGCGGGCCCAGAAGGCAGAACUGCAUCAUAGGUGCGGGCCCAGAAGGCAGAACUGCAUCACGUGUGCGGGCCCAGAAUCAUAACUGCAUCACGGGCGCGGGACACCAAAAGGCAGAAGUGCAUCCGGUGGGCUUAAAAGGUAAAACUGCAUCACGGGCGCGAGCCCAGAAGGCAGAACUGCAUCACGGUGCGGGCCCAGAAGGCAGGACUGCAUCAUAGGUGCGGGCCCAGAAAGCAGAACUGCACGGGCCAGGAAGGCAAAACUGCAUCACUGGCGCGGGCCUGGAAGGCAGGACUACAUCACGGGUUCGGGCCCAGAAGGCAGAACUGCAUCACGGGUGCGGGCCCAGAAGGCAGUCAUAUUUGUCAUCAUAUUUGUCCUUCCAUUGUUCUCUGCCCACUGUGGUCACAGUGGGUUCCAGAAGGGUGCUAAACCGCAACAUGUUCUAUAUUCUCCAGCCGGGAAAAACACAAAAAAUAUCGCAAAUCCACGAAAAGAGUCAACAAUUACGAUGAGUAGUUUGAGUUCUACUCUUUUUUUCGGGGAAGGGAAAGCGUUUUUGAACCGUAAGUGUGCUUAGCGUUCCUUCUAUAGCUUUCAUUCAAUAAGCUGUCACUCGCACUCUCAAGUGUUCUCUUCUUCUUAUCCUAGAACUUGGCGUACUACGUACUUUGUACUUAGGGGUGUCCAAACUUCGGAGAAAUGAGAGCAUGGCGGCGGCAAGUUUUGAUAUAGUUUUCUUUUUUUUUUCUUU